AGGACCGAAAUCAGAGAAGAAAAAAGCACUGGAAGAUUAAUUUGUUGAGUUUCUUUGCAAGAAGAAGUGGUUCAAAAUGAGACAUUAAGUUUUUCUCCAACUGACUUAAGUGAUGGCCAGAACUGGACCUGUAAUUUCCUUCCCCUUUUUGUAUUUGGUAGCUUGGUUGAGCCUACAGUGACACAAGACAUCCCCUAGCCAGGGGAUGUAACCUGCCUUCUAGUGCAUAUUUUUUGCCAACAGCUGCAGGGAAACAGAGACAGGUCCCUGACCUUUUCUCAAUAAUCUUAUGAAAAAGAUGCAUAUUUUAGUACAUUUUCCUGUUCCCUGAGAGUAAUUUUUCUUGUUCCCAGGGAGUCCUCACUAGAAUAGCUGCACUCAGAAAUACCUUCACGUCAGCAGCAAGCUCACAACAGUUUUAACCAAUUCCCAUCAUGGUUGUAGAAAUACUUGCAUUGUCCACAGUGAAUUUUGGGUCAGGCCUCCCUUUCUGAAUAAACCUGCUAAAAGACCAGACCUACUCUCUAAGUGACUGUAGCCCUUACAGCAAAUCAGCAGUUUGUGGAGCUACGUGGAAAUCUACCCAAUCUCUCUCUUUCCUGGCUUCACAAGUGGGAGCUGUUGAUACCUGCACAGCUCCUGGAACAAGGCACAGCAGAAGAGCACAGUAAGUUAAUCUGCAAGCCAUUCAGAAACGUCUAGGACAGAGACAGUGACACCAGGGAAUCAUAUGUCUGCACGGAACAUCUAGUAAAUUGUUUACUUGGAGGGUUGAUGAGAAACGUGCAAAUGAACCUCUGAAGCAACUAUUUGUCAGGAAAAAACCUUUCAUGCAGCUGUAGAUCUACAGGAAUUGUAUCAUGUCCUGCUAGAAGUUACUGGGAAAACCUGCAGCUUUCUCUGUUAAGAUAUUUACCCAUUCUGCAAUCUGUCACAUGAAGCUGCUGUAUUCUAGGAUGCAUCACAGAUGGAAGAUUUUGUCUCCACAUCCACAAUGUUCUGCUUAGUUGUUAAGUUUCUUUCCUGGAAGAUAAGACCCCAAGUCAAACACAAAAGUCUGCUGAAUCUCAUCUGCGCUGAUUUGCAAGCCCAAAGCUGUCACAGAUCCCAAUUAUUCACUUAACAGAGGAUUCAGUCAGUACAAGAGAAACAGUUACAUGAUAUUAGUUACACGAUAAUUUCUGUACCUACUUUCAGAAUGCUGUACAAAGAAGAACAAAUUAUGACAUCGACAUCUAAAGGAAUUUUCCGGUCAUUUUUUAUUAUCUUCAUUAUCCUUGGUUGUUUCAUGGCAUUUAUAUUAAUUUAUAUCAAGCCAACAAACAGCUGGAUUUCUGGUCCUAUAGAAUCAGCCAGUUCAGUGUUGAAAAUGAAGAACUUCUUUUCUUCCAAGACUGAUAAUCUCAAUGAAACUACUGUUUUGAUCUGGGUUUGGCCGUUUGGUCAGACAUUCGAUCUAACAUCCUGCCAAACGAUGUUCAACAUCCCCGGGUGCCAUCUGACUAUUGACCGCUCGCUAUAUAACAGAUCCCACGCCGUUCUCAUUCAUCACAGAGACAUUAGCUGGGAUCUGGCUAACUUACCUCAGCAAGCCAGGCCACCGUUCCAGAAGUGGAUUUGGAUGAACUUGGAGUCUCCAACUCACACUCCACAAAAGAGUGGCAUCGAACACCUUUUCAACCUGACCCUGACUUAUCGGCGUGAUUCAGAUAUCCAGGUGCCUUAUGGCUUCAUGAUGGUUGGUACGAGCUCCUUCACAUUUGAGGUACCAAGUAAGGAAAACUUGGUCUGUUGGGUUGUAAGUAACUGGAACCCUGAGCACGCUCGAGUCAAGUAUUACAACGAGCUUAGCAAAUACAUUGAAAUCCACACCUAUGGACAAGCCUUCGGAGACUACGUCAACGACAAAAACUUGAUUCCAACUAUCUCCACGUGCAAAUUCUACCUUUCCUUUGAAAACUCAAUCCACAAAGAUUACAUUACUGAGAAACUUUACAAUGCUCUUCUGGCUGGAUCGGUACCAGUUGUACUGGGCCCUUCCAGAGAAAAUUAUGAGAAUUACAUUCCAGCAGACUCUUUCAUACAUGUGGAAGAUUUUCUCUCCCCCAGGGAGCUGGCAGAAUAUCUUCUGAUGCUUGACAAAAAUAACAAGAUGUAUCUUAGUUAUUUCAACUGGAAGAAGGAUUUUUCAGUGCAUCUGCCUAGGUUCUGGGAAUCACAUGCAUGUCUUGCUUGUGAUCAUGUGAAAAGACACCAGGAAUACAAGUCCAUUGGAAAUUUAGAAAAAUGGUUUUGGAAUUAAUUUGUGGGAUGUGUGGGUGUGUGUAGGUGUGUGCGUGAGCGUACACUUUUUUGAAGAAGCCAGAAAGGACUUCAGUCCAAGUGGAGAGGAAAGGAAAAGAGAAAAAAAAGAAGGAAAAGAGAAUAUCAUGUCAUGGUUUAUCAGUUAUUCUCUCUUGGCUAUCCUAUUUAUAUUUUGUAAGAGAUUUUAAAGAUCAGCAGCAACAGUCAACAGCACUCAGUUUCGAAUUAUAAUAUACUAAUUAUGUGCACUGAAGAGUAUUUGAUUGCUUAUUAUAAAUUUAAAACAAGAUUUUCCAUAUUUUCUGUGAACCAUGCCCCAGUCUUACACUUGAAGUAGUCAUUUUUAACUUUUUUUAAUUAUUAUUUUUAACAUUAUCCUUGUUGUUUAACCUAUUUCGAAAAUGAGGAAACAAUUUUUAAAGUCAUAGAAAAUUUUAAGAACAUGAUUUGUUGUUCCAGACAGAAAUGUGUGUAAUACUUCAAAAGACAGUAAAGUUUAAUAAGUUCAUCUUGCAUUUUAAGAGCACAGUAGAUACCUAAACAUUAUGGAAACAUUAGUAAAAUACCUAACAUUACGGAAGUGUGAUUAAUUACCCCCUUUUUAAGGGUAAUUAUAGUUUUUUAAAUGUAUUAGAAUAGUGGACAGUCUUUGUUUCUAAAAAUGUUUCCUAAAAAUUGUCCCAUGAUGUUGCUUUAGGAAUAUAUCUCUUCUUACCCUCUGAAGAAAAAGGAAGUCAGAUGUAGAGAAAAUGAUCAAUUCUGGUGACCAAAGACCAGAUUCAUCCAAUUUUUGAGUGUAUUCAAAUGCAGCACACUCUUGGCCCUCAACACGUCUCAAGUAUUUUUAACCUGGACCGGGGCACUAAGUAGUAUUACACUGAGAGAAACAGAUUGUAACAAAGGAGUUCAAUUACAUCAGCUUCAUGCACUGAAUUCAGCUGGUAAUAAUGGAUUCUUGAAAGCAGUUUGCUGAGAAAUUUUAGAAAGCUCUCUCAGAUAAUUUCUUGAACAAUAGUGAAUUUUCCCCCAAUUCUGUAAAGAACUGUUGAAUUUUAACUGUAGCUGGACAACUUGAUGUUAUGACAUAUAAAUGUGGGAAAAAAAAUAUUAAGCAGUCAAUUUUCUGAAAGACAUGCUGAAAUUUAGUAAAUAAGCUAUCAGGCUGACAUAUAACCUUUCAACUUAUUAAACUAACAAAUUUGAAGGAUUGAAAAUAUUUUAUAUGAGAGGUAUUAAAAAAGCACUCUUCAGAGCAACAAUUGCUAUCAAUAUUUGAUAAUAUAAGUAGGUUUUUAAGUAUUAAAUUUGCUCUAUUAGCAAAUACAAAAUUGUGAUGAUUGUCAUAACUGUUUAAAAUAUCUGCUCGAAACAUGUAAUUUGGUUUUACCACUUCUUUCAGCUAAGACAAAUUUCUAAUUGCCAUAUAUAUUCAUAUGUACAAGGUUGGUUUAAUGACAUAAAUGUAUGGGUAGGUUUUGGUAUGAAAUGAAAGCCAAUCAGCUUGGAUUUUCAGGUCAAAGUUCUGCAAAUCACACCUGCUAUUGGAAAAAAAGGAAAAAGUUAAACUGGAAAGACUUCUGCUUAUGAGAUGUAUAAGACCCUGAUCAAGUAAAGUAGUCAAUCAAGCAACUAAGAUUAAAUUUCCAGACAAAAAUGUUGUUACAGUAAGGAAAUGAGAGAUAAAUAUUUAGCAAGAGACAAUGCGACUUGUUAGAUUUUUAUUUUAUUUUUAUUCCAGGCUGGAAUAGAAACACAGAAGGCUAGAAGAGUAAUUAGUUGAAUUUCUAGAACUCAAAACCCCAAUGAAAAAGUUGUAGAAUCACUUCUGUUCUGCCUAUGCUUUCAAAAGCUAUAUUUUGAUCCAGCUAGCUUUCAAUAUACUGUGAAUCACCUAAACUCACCAGCAUUCUUGGAUGCAGCAAGAUGAGCUUACCUUGAAAAUUAAUGCAAUACAAGGAAACUGAGUCUUCAGCAAACGAUCUUCUGACAUGCAUGUAAUAUGAGUGAUAUUUUAUCAUUUUGAAGGCAAGUGGCUAUAGCUUAUAGGCUGUCCUACAGGACAUCAUAACAUUUUGUUUUCAGGAUGACUGUGAAAUUCUCUGUGACUGAACAUACCUCUGGUAUGGCUCAAUAACCUGAUUUCCUCGGUGCUGGAAUUUGGAAGUCCUUUGCAUUGACCUCAGUGAAUGUGUACAAUGCUUUAUUUCAUUCCUGUCUUCAGAUUGUGAGAGUUGUUCCGUGUGUUAGAAGGCCUUAGGUUGAAUCAGACUGGUUUCUUGACAGGAAGUACAGCUAAGUCCUUAGAGUAACAACAAGCAAGCAUAUGUAGGAUAUAUGAAUUGCUACUACAGUUAUUGAUCAGUGUAUACACAGGAAAGUUUUGAAAUAUACACUGAAUUUUAAUCCUGUCUUCACCUCUGUAAGCAUAGGAUCCAAUCAGCAUGGUUAAUCAUGGGCUGAAUUUUAAGAAAUGUGAAACUCUUUUGAUGGAACUGGAAAGAGUGUUGUUCUCUUCACAAGAAGAGAAGCUCCACAGAAGGCUUGUAUACAUUUCACUCAGGAAACAUUGCUAAAAUUGCUUCAAAGAUUAAUAAAACAGGAAAGAUAUCUAAUCCAGAAUUAUGCAUAAGAAGCAUUACCAAAUCCUAAAAAAUACACAUGACCCUAAUGUCUCACUGGCAUUCUUGAAGAGUAAGGGCUGAAACAAAAUUGAACUAAUUUUUAAAGAGAUUUUAAGAUGAUCUGCAGGUAUCAGGCCUUAAGCAGUUCUGGAUAUAAAGAUCUUUGUAGCCUAUGUAGAAGCAAUGGAUAGAAAACAUCUGUGCUCCAUGCAUGUAUAAAAACUGCAUAGCUAGACCUAGGCAUUUAACUUACCUGUGUUUGCUUCCAGUCUGUAUAUGACAUUCAGCUCUGUGAGGUCUGUGCUCCUUUCAUGAUCUGUCUACAUGAACAGCAAGCAAAAAGAGACCCAAAUAAUGAAACACUAUGAAAGAGAAUGAGCAAACUCAACCAACUGUGGCAGGGUAAAUUACAUGGGACUGGACAAAAUAGGUACUGUGCUUUGGUACCACUGGCAAAAGAAGAUAACUGUACCAGAAAUGAGAACUAGAAGUUGGGAAAAGACACCAGUUCUAACUAUUUAUUUUCUCAACAAAUUUCUUUCAGACACUCAGUUUAUUUUGUUUGCCAGCCCACAACAGUCUUGAGUUGCACUCAUCACAAAUUAACUAAGCAGUCAGUGAAGACAGGGAGUAACCACCAUUCUUUCUUCACAAUGGCUUAUUUUAGAUGCUUUUAGGCUCUCUGUCAUGCGUUGAUCUGUCAACAUGUACUGGCUUUCUCAGUGUGGAAAGUAAGACCCAAACCAGACAAAAUACUGACUGCACAUGCGUUGCUACCCCACUGAAUGUGAACAGGUAUCAGACAAAACCAGCAGCAGAUCCUUCUGAAGCAGUUUUCCUUUCAUUUCAUAGACAAUGUCCACAGCAGAUCUUGCUUAGAUGAGAUCCCCAUUCCUCAGUCAAUCCUGCUGUCAGUUUCUUUGAAUGUUUCUUUCCAUGUGUCUAUACCCACAGCGAGCAAGCAGCCUGAGUGAGGUCCACAGAAAGUAUGAAACAUCCAGCAACACCUUUGUCUUUUAAGAAACAAGAUCAAAUACAAUGAAAGUUGGACUGAGAGAGCAUGAAUAUGGGAAUCUGUAGAGGUCAUGCGAGCUGAGCAAGAUAUGGAAAAUUGACACCACUGAACACAAGAAAGAACUCUCUCUAGAUACUCAUGGUUGUCUCUCAAAAUAGGCUUUAAAAAAACACAUAAUUUUCUCCCAUCUUUGAACAAGCAGUUAAAUAACCAAUAACUGUUCCUGUUUAUUCAAGAAUGGGACUCCUGUUAGCCUUGUAUUAUCUUUUUUACUAGAUGAAGAUAACAUUCAGGAGAAGAGACAAGCCUGUUAGUAAGAUAAUUAUAUUUCCUAUCUAGAUUCAAGGAUCUUUAUUUUUAUUUUCUUUUUUGAUUUAUAAAUCCCUAUGCAGCAACACUUUCUGGACACGAUUCAAAAAGACCUUAAGAGUAUGUAGAUGACCAUGACACAUAUACUUAAAUUUAAGACAAUCUUAAGUGUUUUAAUGCACUGAGUCUCCAGAGAAUGUGUUUUCAUUGCCUUUAGGAAUUGUGCCAAAGGGUGCAAUCUGUAGACACAUCAGAGACCAAUUUGUGCUGCCUCUUUUGCAUCAUAUACGUAGUGAGUAAAGACUGGUUGAGUACUAAAUGAGUAGUCCACACUGAAAACCUUGAAUUCAUUCUGAUUUGGUGUCUAAUCAAAAAAUCUUGGCACAACUCUUCUGCUUCAGCAUAAAAUAUAUAUCUCCACCAGCUCGGGCCAUCCCCUCAGCACAGCACCCCAGUUUACAGCCUGCCUGUGCUAUGCUUCCAUGUGACAUAAAGAAACCAGAGUGGCUGAGGAUGCUGAAGACAGUAUUUCGAGGAUUGUCUGAAGAUGAAAGCAUAAAACCUGCUCAUGUCCUAAAAUCUGGACUCAGUGUGCCCUACAGAGACUCAGUCUCAGCCAUACCUGCUUUUCCUCUAAGGAAGGUGUUAGGUUCAUCCCAGGUGAGACUAAUCACUGUGCAUGCAAAGUGGGAACAAGAGGUAUCUCUGUGUAGGCUGACGAGGAAGCUUCUGACCUAUUUAAACCUAGCAGUGAAAAUUAAACAAAUACUCAAGUCUGUCCUUGGUCAGAACUCCUAUGUUAUUGAGAAGAGAGUCCAGGGGAAGUAUUUGUAUACCUACCUAUCAGCUGGUGGGCUUUUUCCUGAAUUUUGGCUGACAGUUCUGUUUUGGCUUUUAUUUUUUUUGUCUUUAAUAAAAGUGAUUUUAAAAUGUUAGAAAUCAAUCAAUAUGAUUUGUACAAGAUAGUUAUUUCACCUUUAUCUUUUGCUCCUUGCUUGGGUAAAUACCAGAUUUAGCAGGUGAUUUGGGAGAUUCCCAUGCUAGUAAAAAAGGAUUGGGCCAAGGGUGAAAUGGCUUGGGUAAAAAAACCCUGUCUUAUUCAUGGAUAUUUCCCCUUUAAUAUUUGAAUAUCUAGUUGGUGCUAUGGCCAAUUCUACAUUUAGAGAAUCAAUGUAAAAAGCAUACUGGUUAGAUAUGUUCAUAAAAGGUACAGAAAUACCAAUAAAUUGAUUAACUAAAGCAUGCAGUGGUAAUUUUAAUUCGUGGCACUAUUGCUACAGGGUGACACAGAUGAUAAAACUAUCAGUUCAUGAAAAGAACUUGGCCUAGAGACAUCAUCCAGCAGUUUGCUUACUGGAGGAACUCACUUCAUUACUCUAUUGCAACUGUAAUUAACUGGCAAUCUUUUGUGUCACCAUAUUCUCUGCACAAUCGACCAAAAACAGCAUUCUCUGUGCAGUGAAUACUGCAGAGAUUCCCUCAUGUGGCAGAGAACCUCUCACCCCAGGUUAACAGCCUGAAUUAGGAGUCGGCUGUACAGAUCACAGUUUGGCAACCUCUGGUAGAUGAUUCUGUGCUCUCAGGUUUUGCAUUGCUGCUUUCAGCCAAGGAAGGCAAAGAGCUGAGCUGAGACCCAUCUAAUACCCUCUGUGCAUUUCAUGGCACACUCACAGGGUGGCUGAAGACACUCUCUUUCCUGCAGCCUAUACCCUGCCUGUUUAUGAGAAUUCAGGAGACUUUGCUGUUCCAACUAAUAAGAGAAUUAACAUUUUUUUUGAGGUGUGAUGCCAGUCUAUACAAAUUAAUUAUUGAUGCUUGUGGGAACUCCUCAUUAACAUUCUUAAGUAAAUAAUUAUCAGGAAAAUCAUUUAAUCAUUGCAAAUUGGCAGCAAAAAGAACUGUUUGUUAUUCUUUAUUAUGAAUUUGUCCAGUGGAAAAGAGGAUUUGAUGAAACUUUAUCUCCCUGGCUUGAUAUAGCCUGGUUGGAUCCAGAUAUAGAAACAGGUUUGAUAGCAAAAUUUGAAAGAUAUGUAAUAAACCAACACAAAUAUAUAUAUAAAUUUGGGACAAAUUUCCUAUAAAACCUUGAAACUGUAAAUAAGCACUUUAGCAGUCACCAGAUGGAAAAUGUUCCCAUCAAUCUUUAUAACAUCAUAAGAAAAGCCAUCAUGAUAUAUGCUGUUUGGCAAAUAAAUUAAUUACAAAACCUAUAUUUUCUUUACCACAUACAUAAGAGCUGAGAUCAAAAAGUUUGGAGAGUUAGCUCCCUUGGAGUAAUUUAAUGUUUUAAAGAAUCCAUGGAUACACUGAAGAGAAGCAAGUGAGCAGCUUUUCCAUCUAUACAAAAUCCUAAUGUGCCAAACUGUUUCCAGAGAAUGAACAAAGCAGUUACUGACUUUUUAUUAGGAUUUGCAAAAUCUUCUAUUAACGCACUGUAAUUUUGCACUAUUUUGUAAGAAAAUUUUAAAAAAAGAAAAAAAAGAGGAACUGAAAAAGAAAUAGAAAAAAAAUCUGAAAAUAGAUGCCAAAUGUAUAGUUUGUAAAAUACUAUUUUUCUGAUAUAAGGUGUCAUUACAUUGUGAAUCUAACUGUGUUAUUGUAAACUGUGAAAAAUGUGAUGUUCUGUUGUGACACAGCCUGUGAAGGGCCAUUUCUAACACAGAUAAUUCACCUAGACUUGUUUAUAUGAAACAUAUUCAUAAAUCUGAGAUCACUUUUAUACUUAUUUUUUUGUAGACUAUUUUUCCACAUUUGCAACACAACUGUUAUUUUAUAUCAAACAUUAAUUUUGCUUUAAAAUAUUAUUUGAAUAGGUGGGUGAGUGUCUUAUAUGUGCCAGAGAUUCAAAUCUGUAACUGAGAUAAUUCAGAAACUAUUCUUUGCCAAACUGUAAUGCUACUGAAAUCAAUGUUGUUUCGAUGAAAAAUAGGCACACUGUCAAUAAACAGAAGUUUCUAGUCCAAUAAUGAUGACAAUGUCACAUUAUCUAGGAUAAAUGCCUGGUAGUUACGAGCUGCAUUUCCCUGCUGUCUUUGUGUAUGUUGAGGAAACAAAACUGUGUGCCAUAGCUGAACAUCAUAGAUAUUCAGUCACUUAAAUAACGUGCCAUGGAUUUGACCUCUGAGAUACAUUAAUGAGGAUUAGGAGAAAAAAAAAACCAAGCUGUUUGUCCCAGUUCAAAGCCAGUUUCUGUGGAAGGUCAGAUGAAAAUGGGGCGGUUGUCAAGGCAGGACUGGGACAAUCUCAGCAGGGAGAGUAAGUUCUGUACACAGAAAUGUGGGGACUACAUUUAUUGUGUUAGGGCAAGAUCAGGACCAAAGUCCCUUUCUUGUACAUUUGAACUUACACGCGUAACAUUGAGUGAGAUCUGAUAGGAACCCUUUCUUCAUGUUCCCAGCUAAUGAUAUUCCUUGUAGUGACAAGUUUUAUGUGUUUUAUAUAGUAUAUAUAUAAUGAAUAAAUUCAAGUGUAAGAAAGAGUAACCAUGGCAAAUUGAAUCUUAAUAAAAAUAAUAGAAACCAUUCUUACUUCCAGGCACAUUUUAAAAUGCCAUGUUGAAAGAUCUUGUAAAAACCUGUAUUUUUUAUUUAUUAGUGAUUGUAUAUUUUGCCCCAUGAUCUAGACAUUUUAUAACAGGGAGUCUACCAAAAACUGGAUUUUUCUUCCCUUUGAACACUACCAUCACCGUGAGAUGCAUCUGGAAAAUGUAGAGGUCAACCACUGAUGUUUUGUGUUGUUUUUUUUAAUAUGAUGUUGUUGUUGAACUUUCUUCUGAUUACCUGUAACUCUGUUCAGAGUUUUCAACAUAAUUUAACUGCAGACUGAAGAUACCUACUGAAUGAAACUACAGGUAACUAUAAUUAUUUCAAAGACUUUCAUCAUUUAUGUGAAAUUAAUAUUUCAGAACACUGAUUCCAAGAUUGUUAAUGAGCAGCUCAUUGACUCUUAUUUAUUGAGCACUGGAAUUCUCCCUAAAGGAUAAACACUGAAUCAUGUAAAUAAUAGUGCUCUAUAUAAGCCUAACAAAAUAUUGUAAUAGGUAUAUUUAAAAUAAAAAGAGAACAUUCCAAGUG